GGUGCCCCUCCACAUCACCAUCCUCCUGGCCACGUCUUCUCUUAGAAUCCUAGAAUGACACAUACCCACCUCCACAAAAUCUGCCCAUUUCAAUCUCGGUCAUAAUUACAUCAGAUUCUCCAUUGACCAUCAUUAUAUCCACGAUUUUAGGGAUCAUAUUCUCCACUUCCACCUUUCCUUUUUCCUUUUUCCACUUCAAUUUUUCCUUUAAAAGUGAGGUAUUUAAUGAAUACAUAAUUACACCUUCUUUUCUUAACCCUAACUAACUCUGUAAAAAAAGGAAAGAAAGAAAAAAACCAAGUCUUGACGAUUCGUAAUACCUCACUCUGGCUUCUACUUCGACUUGAGCGCCUCAUUCAUCCUGUCUUCGGCUUCGAAUUUGGCUUCGACCUCGCCAUCCAUUCUGCUACCAUCUCAAUUAUCUCGGCGAGUUCACCCUAUCCUUGAAGACUUUGUUUGAAGCCAAGCUCGAGAUCCUCCAUGUUCUUCCCAUAUCCAACGGAUUUUUGCAAAUCAGAGGGGCUGAUCUAAGAAUACAUAAGAAAUUAGCCGUUGCAUACUUACUCUAGCCGUAUUACUUAUCUUGAACUACUAACUCUCACCAAAAAAAACAUGGAGAAGAAUGAUAAGGUUUUUCUUGAGAGAAAAACUACGUUGAAGAGAAAAGCAAGAAUGCUUACUGAUUUGUGCAAUUCUAAAGUGUGUUUGGUAAUCUAUGAUUCCAAAGGCAAUCUAGAUGUGUGGCCUGAGGACUCCACGAAUGCUCAUUCUAUUAUCAACAACUACUACACCAAAUUAGAGUCUAUGAAGAGAAAGAAUAAUGAAGUUUGUCUCUCUAAUGUGUUGGAGAAAAAGUUGAGAAAACUUGAGGAAAAAGUUAGUUGUACUAUUACUACUACUUCUACUCUUAAUGGGGAUUCAUCACUAUCUUUGAAUUGGGAUGAAAAAUUAGCGGUUUUGUCAAAAAAUUCUUUGAUGGAUAUGGCACAAUGUUUGAAGGCUAAGAUUAAAGUUUUGGACGAGAAGAUUGACAUGGUUAAAGGAAAAGACCAAGCAAUUUUACAAACCCUAAUCCAGAAUAAUCAUGAUCAUCAGUUUGAAGAUGAUUAUUUCAGUUCUCUUCCACCAUUAUUAACACUGCCGCCCCCUCCGCCAAUGCCUCAAACUUAUGUACCACUCAACUAUGAAGAAAUUCAAGAAAUCUAUGAUAGAUCAAAAAUUCCUUUUGGUCAAUGUUAUGAAAUCAAUAAUGAUUUGGUACAUUCUUCUAAGCAGUUGCAUUACUCUGAUUUUGGAUAUUAUAAUGGAGAUCAUCUUCAAGCAUGUCUACAGUUUCCAGUCCCCUCCAGUGCAGCUACUUACUCUUCCAACAAUUUUUGGCAGCCAAGUGGAAUUUAACAUUCCACAAUCUAUCAUUGGUUUUCAGUAAUAUACUGUAUAUUAUUAUUUUUCAUUCAUACAACUACAAUGUUUGGUUUUCAGGUUUCCCAGUUAACAUUGUUUGUGAUAUUCUGAUUAAAAAAGAUGCCUAUAAUAUAUCUAUACAUAUGUUUGAUGUUUUCAA